AUGGGUAACCACGCACUUGACAUCAACGGCUUCGUCGUGAACGGCAAGACCGUCGACAUCCACAUCACCACCAGAGGAUCUGACUGGGUCUUCACCGUGACCUCCAUCAUGGGUACUCUCUUCCUCUGCAUCCUUGGCGCCGGCUUCUUGAAAUCUGUGAAGAACCGGUUCUUCUUCUACACUCUCGCCGCACCAGCCUUCGUCGCUUUUGUUGUCAACUUCUCCAUUGCUUCCAACCUUGGCUGGACUCCUAUUGACGUCGAAUGGCACCGCUCCGACGAUGAUGUUGCUGGCAACAACCGCCAAAUCUGGUAUGUCCGCUACAUUGAAUGGUUCUUGGUAUGGCCAAUCAUCAGCGUCGCCAUCCUGCUCACCUCGAUGGUCCCGACUCUUUACAUCCUGUGGACAGUCUUCCUUACUGCUUCCAUGGCAAUCCUCGCCACUGUCGGUGCUCUGGUCAGGACCGACUACAAGUGGGCCUUCUACACGUUCUGGGUCUUUGACUGGCUUUUGGUAGGCUACAACUUGAUCUGGCUGCCACGCAAGUACGCCAGCAGCCUUGGUCUGGACAUCGCCCGUAUCCACAACAUCUCCUCUGGAUUCAUCUGGGCUGUCUGGGGUUUGUACCCCAUCUGCUGGGGUGUGUCUGAGGGAGGCAACGUCAUCCCACCCGACUCUGAGCUCAUCUACUAUGGUAUCCUCGACUGCCUUCUCCUUCCAGUUCUCUUCAGCUACUUCCUGUGGGCGCACUGGAACAUUGAUCCCGCACGUCUAGGGCUUGCCAUGAGAUCCUAUGAGGACCCUCUUCCGGGCACCCUAUCGCAGCACGAAAAGCAGCGCAUCUCUGCUCCCGCCGAGGGUGUUACCAAUGGCACCGCUCCUGCUGAGCCUGCUCCGGCUGCCGCCGUCUAA